AGCCGGUCUCACGGUGACGUCAUUACCGCGUUCCCGUUUCUUUCUGCUUAUUAAUGACAUUUUUUCCAUUUUCUGGCCGAUGCUUGAUCUUUUAAAUGCAAAUAAUAUUUUUUUCAAACAACUGGAAAUCAUUCUUUCAUUCUUGUUGAGUGAUGAAUAAUUUUUAGCAAUUGAAUGAAGUUCUGUAUUCACUCCGGAAAGAAGUACUUCCUGUGAGCACCAAUCCGCUAGGGUGCGCUUUUUUAAAACUUCCGACGAAACUUUUCAAAUCCAUCACUAAGUGUGAAAGUAUACUUGCGUUACCGUAAAGCUCGAUUCUCGAGCAGGCCCUUCGGGCCUGCUCUUCGAGCUCGCUAUAAAAUAAACGACGGCCUAAAGGAAUUGUGGACAAUCUUGCUAAGGAAAACAACAUGCCAACAAGGAAGAGUGCUUUUGCUUUAAUAUGCUGUGUAACUUCCGUUUUGAUGAUCAUGAUUAAUGUGGUUAUCGUGAAUAUAGAACCGUCAGUAAAUAUGCAUGUCACAUAUGAUAAAAGAAAUUUUUCACAGCAUAUUGUUAAGCAUAACACAAACUUCUGGAGAAAAAAAGACCUAAGGAAGAUUGUUGUCUGGACAACGUUCUUUGAUUCUUGGGACUGGGUAAAAGGUAUACAGAUUGAAACAGAAAAUUGUCCGAUGCAAUGCGAAGUCACAAAAGAGAAAUCUGAAGUGGAUUCUGCUGAUGCAGUGCUGUUUCAUGUAAGUGACAUGUGGAAGUAUCGCGGCUUCGCUGGAACAAUUUAUAAUCGCGUUAAACCAAUGCCACACACCCGAACACACGAACAGGUUUGGGUUCUGCUAAGCUGGGAACCAAUUACUAAAUUCUAUGGCAAAAUGGAGCAUACUUUUAAUUGGACGAUAACAUAUAGGAGAGAUUCUACCAUAAGAAGCGUAUAUACAGCAUGGGUAAGAAACAAAACUUCCGAUUUAAAAAGCAGUUCAACUAGUGAUAUGACAGAGAAUAUUUUUCAAACCAAAACAAAGUUUAUAGCAACUGCAAUAAGCAACUGCUUUGAUAGAGCAAAGAGGUAUGAAAUAAUACGAGAACUGGAAAAAUAUGUAAAAAUAGAUAAAUUUGGGCGGUGUUAUGGUGAGCGCUUUCCAAAUUUGGAUUUUCUGGGAGAUUACAAGUUCUAUAUAGCAAUAGAAAAUACUUUAUGUCGUGACUACAUAACGGAAAAAUAUUGGAAUACAUUAAACCGGAAACAGAUUCCAGUAAUAGCGACAACGAAAUACAAUACUGAACUUCUCCCACCCGGCUCAUUCAUAAAUGUCUUUGAUUUUGACAGCAUAGAAUCGCUUGCAGACGAACUGAUAAAAAUUGAAAAUAAUGAAACACUUUAUAAUAGUUUUUUUGAGUGGAGAAAGGAAUAUACACGAAACAGCGAGGGGAUAAUGUGCAAGUUAUGCAAAGAGCUACACGCAAAUAAGUCUGCACAAAGUUACGUUGAUAUGGAAGAAUGGGUUCGUGAUGAUAUAUGUUCCAAAAGCACGACAUGGUCUUUGAUAAAUGAGGCCUUUCAACGUCUACUAUUCAACUUGGGAAUGACCUAGUGCGGUAUUGACGUGAUAAACUAUUGUAUCAUUCAGUGACACGAUUCAUACAAUCUGUAUACAAAAGAUAGAGAAGACAGUUACACGGCGAAGUGAGGUACAAGAACGAAAUAUGGAAGACAUGAUAGAUGGGUAUUGGAAUAGGCUUUACUUGUAACGAUGUGGAAAGAUACCAUUGGCGUGAAGCAGAUAGGAAGAAAUUGUUGGGAAGUUAUUAGUUUUGGCACAUAACAUUGUAUCAUUUAAAGCCAAGAUAUUGUUUUACAGCAAGCACAAACAUACAGUGAAUCUGUUAAAGACGACAUGAAAGACUUAAGAGAACUUCAGAGGAAGUUAAGAGUUAUAAAUUAAGGAAGAGAACAUUUCAUAUCCCAUACAGCUUGGCAAUAAUAUUUACAAUAAACACGGCAAAAAAAGCGAGUACUGAUUAGAAGUUUUCAAUUUCAAGAAAGUAAAGAGGACAAGGAAAUACUUAUGAUGAAACUGUCUUACAAAGUUUAGAAACAGUACAUUGUUUAACAACUUGGCAAUUAGUGUACCAUCAAACAUAGAAAUAAGUAUGGAUAUUGACAAAAACUAUAAUAGCAAGAAUUUCAAGUAGACAAGUUAGAAAUCUGGGCUGGUAUUCAUAAAGCUCCUAAGGGAUAAUUUUCCUUAAGGGACUAACUAAGAGAAAAGUUCCAAAGCAUUUUAUGGACAAUUGUCGAGAUAGUUGUAAUGUCUAACAAUAUUGUCACAUACAGUGUGGCAUAGUAAUGAAGAUUAUCAAUAAAUUUUAUAAAGUCUACACUUUUCUUUUGUGCUAUGUUGUUCAUGAAAUUUUAAAAGUUAAGGAUUUUCUCCUUAAGGAAUAAAGGAAUAGUACAGCAUUAGAUUAGAAAUAAAACAGGGACAUGGGACAUGAACAUUUGCUUUCUACAAAAAUGAUUUAAUGAUAUCGAAUGUGAAACAAGAAAUCGUUUUAAAAUUGUUUUUCGUUCAGGUGAAACCAGUUUUAAGGGACAUUAAUUCGAAUUUAUAAAUUAACAUGUUUUAAUUUAAUACUCUCUGUUAAAUUCUGUUUUAUUUUACCAAAGAAGAUAAUGUAGCAAAAUUACUCCCUUUCUGUAUUUAUACACAUAUAGUGUGUUGAAUAAUGAUGAAUGACCUUCUACUACCUUUGUAAGAUACGUUUUCAAUUUUCAUUUACUUGGAAAUUAACCGAAGACGUCAAAAUACAAAGUCAGUGUAAGACACACAGUUAUUUUAAUAUUUAAUGUUAAAAUGUGUGUUUUAACUUUUGAGAGCUAGAUUCAUUUUUAUUUUCAUAAUAUUUUGACAACAAGUAUUUAACACUCAACAUGACAAAAGGGGAAAGUGUUAUAAUGCGUAAAUCUAACAGUAAGACAGAAAUAAACAAGGAACAUAAAAGGCACCACCUAUGCAUUACUGGUUCCAAAAAGUAGUAGAUACUUUUAAGUAUCAGUUUAAAGCAUACAAUAGUUAUAUGCUUGAAAUCUUUCUUAGAGUUAUUCAAAAUGCGUGUUCGUCACAUCGAUGUUCAAGUCAACAUUCUCGAAAGUAAAAAUAAAAAACGCUUGGGAUUGUAAAAGGGGACUUCAAAAGCUAUUUGUAUCAGUUUUCAGAGGGAUUUUAUGUGUGUAACUUAAAAUAUUUAUUAUUAGAAAGAUUAAGACGUAUGUAUAUUUUGAAGUUUUAUAUACAUCGACAACCUCGAUACAGUGAUCAGUUUUCUAUAGUGGUCACUUUGAUAGUCGCUAUAAACACGUAAAGACUGUUAGAUUAUUGUUUGCGAACUUCAAACAGGUACUAUGUAUUAUAGAUACGUAUUUAGUUAACUGUAUCAAAAUUCACAAUCUGAAAGAUAUCAUUAAAGAAAGUCAUUUUGGCCAAAAGCAGUGAUCUUGGGGAAAAUGGAAACAACCUCGUUUAAACAUUAUUGAAGGCUUAGGUUACCACGUGCUAUCCAUAUCAUGCAAACUAUGUACGUUUUACCUUUAGACAUGGAAACAGCAUACAUCAUUCCUGCAUAUGUGUUUGAGUCAGAUUCAUAAUUGGUCCAUGAUCAGAAAUUUGAAAAAGGGAAUAUGUAAAGAUAAGAUUAAGAAAUAUAUUGGGAAAAGUGUUACAUUUUGGUAAUGAAAUUUAUAAACAAACAGACGAGUUUGUUUUUAAAAGUUAAACCUACAUAAGUUUACAAGGUAAACUAUUUUGAUAAUGCUACUGAUGUUUUGAUGAAACUACUGAUUGGAAAAAAAAGUCUCUGCUGUCUACAUAAAUGCGUCAAGAAAUGCAAGAAAGGUCAAGAAAUAUGAUAAUAUCAAAGAAAACAGUUUGAGAACUGCCAGAUACAUGACUGUGUUAACCUGCAUUGUAGGUAACUUAGAUAGAAACUCUUCCAUUGCACUGAUAUAACAUAAGGUAGCAGGGUACACUUAGAUUCGAAAAUUUUGGGCACGGACAGUCUUACAUGUAGCGAGUCGCAAUAUUGUACUUCUCUUAUGAGCAGAAUCAGGAUGGCCAUUUUAUAAAUUGCGUGCACAUUUUGUGCUUUCAAUUAAUGGCAAGAUCAGGAUUCUCAUACAAAAAUUAAGAAAGUUGUCGAAACGAAAGUUUUACACCAUCCAUGAAAAAUAGCAUGCCAAAAUCAUCAGUUUUGCACUUUUUGAACAGCCUGCAAUGAUCCCGCUGCAAGAACAAUGCCCAAUUUUAUUGCAUUUCUCAAUUUAAUAGUCCUUAUGAACUUCAGGAUAUAAACGGAAUGGGGUCCCAUCCAGCUCGUUUUUUCACAAAAUAGCGAAAAUAUUCCUGAGUAUCAAUCAACAAGCACAAAACCCUUCCGUGAUUUGAAUUUUUCCGCGAAAAGGUGUCUCAUUGAUUCAUACAAAGCUACCAGCAGUUAGUUUUACAACUGACAUCAGAAUGAAUUUUACAUGUGCUUUUCUAAAGAAUUAACAAUCAUUAUCUCUCACCUUAAUUUACAGACAUACAAAAUCACGAAGUUCUAAUUAUAAUAAAUAUUGACGGGGGCCAAAAUUCGAAGUGUACCCUGCUACCUAAACACAAUUAAGAUUGAUAAGCGAUGUUCACUUAACAAUUUACAUUCUGUGAACUUGUUUUUUCCUUGAGUAAAGAUGGUUCAGGGUAAGUCUCUAUACAUGUUAUUUAAGGCUUUAUAUAUUUAAUAAAUGUAUACUAUUACCCACACAAUACAAUUAUCCAUUAUGAUUUUAAGAAUCUAGCUUAGGAACUUUACUUUACAGUUUAUUCUAACACGAUCCGCAGCAGCUGCUAUAUAAACAUAUAGCGAAUUCGCCUAUACAUGAAUCUACGAUAAAAUAUAGCUCUUCCAUUCCGCCCUACGAUUGUAACAUGACUGUGAGAUUCUACUCUGCUUCCAUUAUAUACAGUAUAAUACCGACUAAAUAUUCGAUUUUUCAGUGCUAGUAGUAAUAAAAAGUACAUCAAAUUUUCUGAAACAAACAAUUUCUAACUGAUGAA